GGAGCGAGUUUUGGUACGAAGUCAAGUAACAACUCGAAAAAGUCCACAGAACAACAUCUGGCUUUUCAACCAAAGUGUCUCCUGAUGACUGAAAACCGUUUUCUUCUCCAUGACAGCGCGCGUGAGUGACGAAAUGCUUCCGCCUUGCCGAAGGUGUGUGUGUUGUACUUCGCUAAGAGCGGAGAGCUCAGCGGAAUCAAGGAGGAGAUCCUUAAAGUCGCUACACCAAUCAGCGGCCAGGACCUUUGGACCCUGUUGGUACGCCAACACCCCAGACUGUCCACCCUGCAAGGUCACGUGGUGCUGGCUGUCCGACAUCAAUACGUCGCCAUUGACGACCAGCUGCUGACGCUGCAAGACGGAGACGAGGUUGCUGUGGUGCCGCCGCUGAGUGGAGGAUAACGGAUGGCGAUGUCAGAGGAGGUGAGGAACAUCUUCAAGCUGAGCCGUGAUUGGCUGUCUGUGCAGGAAGUGGUGGCCGCUGUCAGCAGUGCUUCCUGUGGCGCCAUCUCGCUAUUUAUUGGUACGACGCGUGCAGACGAGCUGGACGGCAGGAAGGUGAUUGGUCUGGAGUACGAGGCGUACGAGGCCAUGGUCCAAUCAGAGCUGAGCAGGCUUUGUGAUGACAUCAGAGCGCGUUGGCCUGGCGUGACACACAUCUGUGUGCACCAUCGCCUGGGGUCACAUCAUAUGCUAAUGCUGCUACUUGGGCCCAGUGGCCACUUGUUCACCCCACCUUUGUGCUCCGCCUUUAGGUGGGUGAAAGUGGGAGAGGCCAGUGUAGUCAUGGCGAUCUCAUCCCCCCACCGCCAUGACGGUCAGCAGGCCAUCCAGCACUUGAUCGAGCAGCUGAAGGCCUGCGUGCCCGUCUGGAAGAAGGAAGUCUACGACUCCCAUGAAGCCGCCUGGAAGGAGAACGCCGAGUGCGGCUGGUCCAGUCGCCAUGAAGACGCCACCCAAAAACUUUAGUCAAUAAACGCCACGUUCAUAUGCAACUAACCUGCAGUGUGUGUCUACA